GGGACAUUCCACAAAACGUACAGGCCCCGCCCAUACGCCUGUCGCAAAUCGCAAGUGACAUCAAGAUAAUCUCAAACUAGACAUAGUUGUGGUCUUUAAAAUUAAACUCUUCUCGUUUUUACACGGUCAUACAGAGCAUUGUUAGGUUGACAGUGCUGUCAGUUUAAUGAAAGUAAAUCUCAUCGGGUUUCCGCAUUUCAAACGGAAGUUCAUGCAGACGGAUGAGCAUCUGUGCUAAAAACAAACGCUCAGCUCAAGCCCAUAUUCCUUUUCUAAUGCUGUUACUCGGAUUUGACACCUCAUUCACGCAUGGUCUCGCCCUUAAUCUUAAAAGAAAUGCAGGACGACGUCGGAUUCGUGAAGCAGAUCCUCAGUUUGAAUUUGGUGCCGAAGAAAAAUGUCACGAACUGCGGUAGGAACGACACGUCUCUGUGCGAUUUCUCCGAGAUGUGGUAUGGGGUUUUCCUGUGGGCUGUUGUCUCCUCAUUGGUGUUUCAUCUGCCUGCUGCCCUCCUGGCUCUGGCAACCCUCCGCAGACAUAAGAUGGCACGAUUUUUCCCAAUCGGCAUCCUGCUAAUGGGCAUCAUCGGCCCGCUGUUUGGAGGGGUUCUUACUAGUGCAGCCAUAGCAGGAGUUUAUAAAGCAGCUGGGAAGAGCAUGUUUUCCUUGGAGGCCUUGGUGUUUGGAGUAGGACAGUCGUUGUGUGUUUUUAUCAUUUCCUUCUUCAGAGUGCUGGCUACCCUGUAGCACUAAGACAUUGGCACUCCAGGCUGCCAUCACAAGGAGAGGAAGCGGUUCAGUCCCCUGGGCGUCAUAUGCAAAACAUGGAGGCCUUACUUCCCAAACAGACCCAACAACUUGUUUUCUUUGAUACAGAGCUAUAGUAUUUUUUCCUAACAGGUUUCUGAUCAGUUCUUCGAGUAACAUGGGACUUUUCAUUUGGAAAGGAAACAUGACAAGCUACCUUUAAAGCAGAGCUAGCCUAGCGUUACAGGUGGAGUCAUCUUGCACAUGUGUUUUUUUUUAAAUUAAUCAUUAUAAAUGCUAUUUUGUUGGUUAGUUUCUUUUCAUUUUCCUUUCUUAACAUUAAAUUAGUCUUUCAUACACUUUUGGAUGAGGUAAAGACUCAUUUGAUAUACAUGCUAAAGCCCAUUCCAGCUUGUCCAUAAAUCAUCCUUGAGAGGAUCAACUUGCAUUCACUUUGCACUGAUUAUAUGAAUCCAUUAGGCCAAAGGCUAGACAUUUAAAUUUGUUUCUCUACUUCACAAUGUUUUAUAUGAAUUUUGCCUCUGAUUGUGGGCAUAUUUCAAGAGAUUACAGUUGAACACACUUUGUGUGUGGACUUUGACAUUGUAAUUGUUUCAUUGCAUAAGAUUUCCUGCUGGAGUUAAGUGGCUUUUGUUGGUUAAAUUACAUAUUUGUGACCUGUCUUUCCAUUCAAAGUCAUUAAGAAUUUGUUUUUCAAGUGGGCUCCAGGAUUUGGCCUUCACAUUGUUAUUUCUGUAUAUAUCAAGAGUGAUACAAUGUUGCUUUGACACUUAUUUGCCCGUAAGAUUCUGUAUGUGGCAGCCUCACCUCUUAUGCCUAACAUGUGAAUGUAAAACAGUAAAAUCCAUCGUAGAAUCACUUACACCUUCACCAAAGAAAUUAUGAACACUAUUCUACAGUCGUUAUACGUCGCAGACACUGUUAUUUCUAGAGAAAUCUCAUGUGGAAAGAUCCAACGGAACUACUAUGGAAUGUACAAAAUUUCAGAAUCAGAAACCCAAGUUUAUGUACAGGAGUAUAUAAAAUAAGAUGCUUAAGUUGCAAAAAAUAUGUACUCACACAUAUAGAUUAUCAGCAAGAGGUGUAAUUCUGAAACUGACACGAAAAUGAUCUUAUCACACAGUAGCAGAGUUUUUAGACCUAUCUGAGGAAUUAUCAGCUGGACAUCUAAACCGAACUUAUUUCUUUAAUAGAAGUUUCACAUUUCUUCAGUGUAAGCAUUUGUAGACUUGUGUUCUCCCCUAUUUAAGCCCUCAGGAAGUUCUUGUGUUCUGGAAGAUUCAUUCAAAGCUUGUGUGGUGUGAGUAAAUGUAAAUCCGACUAAUCUUUUUAUGAUAGGUGCGCUAACAUUAGUGGGACGCACUGAAAGCUAUGCUUUAUUCGUCUGAGCCUAUGGUCUCUCAGUUGCACAGAUGGAUUUAUUUUUCUAAAGUCCAAUCAUUGCUGGAGUGACUGCUCAUUGUUUUUGUGGUUUGUCCUAGAUUAUAUGGUUUUCUUGAUAAAUGGAUUUACAUCUUACAACAUGAUACUUUCUGGUUAUUUUUACUUUUUUUCUGGGCAAGUUUAAUUUCCUUAUUGUAUAAUAAGUGCCAAUUACUAGUAUUUUCAUGAAAUAAAAUGGUUUAGAUUAUAA